AUGAGACCAAUCUUUCUGCUUGCGGCGACCACAUUCGCUGCCGCGACUCCUUUGUUGAAGAAUGAGAAGGGUUCUGCUUGUACCGGAAAUACUGCUGAUGAUCGAACCACCUGGUGCGACUACAGCAUCGACACUGACUACACCACCGAGGUCCCGGAUACUGGCGUCACACGGGAGUACUGGUUUGAGUUGACCGAUGUGACCGUUGCUCCCGAUGGAUAUUCCAGGCCGGCGGUCGCCAUCAAUGGCUCGAUCCCAGGACCGACCAUUAUUGCCGACUGGGGCGAUACCGUUGUUGUGCACGUAACCAAUUCCCUCACAACCAGCGAGAAUGGCACAAGCAUUCAUUUUCAUGGUAUCCGCCAGAACUAUACCAACCAGAACGACGGCGUGGUAUCAAUCACCCAGUGUCCGACCGCACCUGGAGACUCCAUCACCUACACAUGGAGGGCAGUCCAGUAUGGGUCGUCAUGGUAUCAUUCGCAUAUCGGGCUACAAGCUUGGGAAGGGCUGGCUGGCGGGAUUAUUAUCAAUGGACCCGCGAGUGCCAACUAUGACACUGAUUUGGGAACUCUCUUUCUCAGCGACUGGUGUCAUCACACGGCAGAUGAAUUGUACACAGCCUCGCAGACUACUGGACCCCCAACCCUGGAUAACGGUCUGAUCAACGGCACCAACGUCUAUGGCGACGACGAUUCCGACACUCAGACAGGGACUCGGUUCAACACAUCCUUCACCGCCGGGACGUCGUACAGGCUCCGUCUCAUCAACGGUGCAAUCGACACCAUGUUCAAGUUCUCUAUCGACAAUCAUACCCUUACUGUCAUCAGCGCAGACUUUGUUCCGAUCGAGCCGUAUGAUACCACGGUACUGAGUAUCGGCAUGGGCCAAAGAUACGACGUGAUUGUCACCGCCGACCAGGCCGACGUUGCAGACAGUUUUUGGAUGCGCGCCAUCCCGCAGGUGGCCUGUUCCGACAACGAGAGUACCGACAACAUCAAGGGGAUCGUGUACUACGGCGAUUCGACAACCACGCCCACAACGACCGGAUACAGUUACAUGGACAGUUGCACAGACGAAGACGCGGCCAACCUGGUCCCCAUGAUUUCCAAGACGGUCGACACAUCCUUCUGGGACAAUGAUGAGGCGGUCACCCUGGGCAGAAACACCGACAACCUCUUCCGCUGGUACAUGACCGGCACGUCAAUGGUCGUGGAAUGGGACGACCCAACCCUUCUACAAGUCUACAACAACGCCACGAGUUUUUCCAACACGAGCGGCGUUGUCGAAUUACCGACCGCGAAUGAGUGGGCGUACAUCAUCAUCGAAACCACACUGCCCGUUCCUCAUCCGAUUCAUCUGCACGGGCACGACUUCUUCGUUCUGGCACAGCGCACGGGCACCUACGACGCCGAUUCCACGACGUUGAAUUUGGAAAACCCUCCCAGGCGCGACACCGCCAUGCUGCCUGGCUCGGGCUAUCUGGUGGUUGCGUUUGAGACGGAUAAUCCCGGUGUUUGGCUCAUGCACUGCCACAUUGGAUGGCAUACUUCGGAAGGUUUUGCCAUCCAGCUCCUGGAGCGGUACGACGAAGUUCGAGACUUGGUGGAUUAUGACUUGAUGGAGUCGACAUGUAGCGCUUGGGACGCGUAUGCGGCAGAGACUGCUGUUGUGUCUGACGAUUCCGGUGUUUGA